AGUGUUUAUGUUCUAGAUAUAGAGUUAUCGUUCUUUGUAAAUUGUCAAAAUUUCCGUUAGAGUUAUCUUUCUUGUAUGUUUCCGCUGCAGCCAUUGUGAAAAACGUGUUUUCAUCAGUCUUCUUUUCUUGAGGCAUAUUGUGGCCUACUACAGUCUUUUUACCACAUUUUCAAUAAAUGGUUAUACUGCUGUCUCUGGGACAGUACAGUAAAAAGACUACAACUGGCCUGCUGUGAAUGCCUUCAGCACCCUGACUCAUCUCACAGAUCAACAUGAGCGGAAGUGACCAAUCCAAAGAGGUUGCAGAAUCAACAAAUCAUGAUCAACACUUGGAAGAAAAUACGAACAGGAAGGUUACCAUGACAGAGAAAGGUUUAGAACAGUUUGAAAGUUUAUGUAAUUCCCAUGCAAGACGAAUAGGAAAAGUAUGGAGCAUACUUGAGGUCAUUAUCAAGAGUGUGGAAGAAACAUCAAGAAAAUCAUGCACAAUAGAAGAACUUACAGGUUUACAUGACGAUAUCAAGAAACAUGUAAAUGAACUAGAAACACAAUGCACCAACUAUCUCGAAUUCUUGAAUAGACAACAUUCAGAUCAUGGUGACCAAGAAAUGGAACGUUUUAACAUGACAUUGCGAGGCUACAGAAUAUUGGUGGACUCAACAUUGAGGAAGUUGAACCUGAAGAUCCAAGAUCUACAAUUUAACGAAAAUGCGUCACAAGUCUCACGAUCCUCAAAAUCAUCUAGCCGCAGUUUGUCAUCAAUUGCCACCAAGAAGCGAGCAAAAGCUGAAGCCCUGAAGGCUUCCUUAAAGUUUGCGGAAAACCAAGCAAAAUUAGAGAGGAAACAAGCAGAGCUGACCCUUCAACAUGCUAUCACUGAAAAGGAAAGUGCCUUAGUGAACACAGAAAUGACAUUGUUAAACUUAAAAAGAGAAGCUCUUGAACUUGAAACUGAAGCCAAUAUUUUAGAAGAAGGUGAGGAAAGUGAUUCGAUGAAAUCCGCCCUCAAGAGUUUAGAAGAGGAAGUGACGGCAGAAAGAACAAGUGCGUAUAUAGAAAACAUUCCACCAUCUGGUACAUUUUCUGAUCAGCCCAGGAUGAUUUUUCAAGAACCGUUUGUGAUUUCCCAGGCUCCACCACUUGAGAUUUCACCGACAACAAACCAAAGUACACAAGUACCCACAAGCCAAAGUACACAUGUACCGACAAGCCAGAGUGCGCUCGCACCUAACUUGCAAAGCACUCAAACUUUACCAGAGGUGGGAACAACAUCAUCUGUUUCGGACUUCACCAGAUACUUAUUGAAGAAAGACUUAUUGUUGUCCCGUUUAACAAACUUUAACGAUAAACCCGAGUUUUACCCCACAUGGAAAAACAGUUUCAAAGCAAUUAUGCAUGAACUGCAAGCUUCACCUAGCGAAGAAAUGGAUCUUCUUGUGAAAUGGACAGGACACUUGUCACAACGCCAUGUCCUAAGUAUUAAGGCUGCCAAUCCUAACAAUCCAAUUCAAGCAUUGACAAGGAGUUGGAAUCGUCUCGACGAAAGGUAUGGGUGUCCGGAAAUGAUGGAAGCAGCUUUGAAGGCAAAGUUAUCUUCAUUUCCAACUCUGACCAACAAGGAUCUUAAUCGCUUGUACGAUUUGUCAGACAUUGUAGACGAAAUUGAAGCUGCAAAGGAGGAUGCACAAUAUUCAUGUCUUCUUUCAUAUUUUGAUUGUUCUACUGGAAUAACCCCAAUAGUCAAGAAGCUCCCGCAUGAUCUUCAAGGAAAAUGGACUUCUGUAGCAGUGAAACACAUGACAGGAAAUGGAGUGCCAUUUCCUCCCUUCAAGGUUUUUGCAGAAUUCAUUCGCGAACAGGCGAGAAUCAGAAACAAUCCAUCAUUUGCCUAUGGUGUUGAAACAAGAGGAGACAAACAAACCAAAAACAAACUGAUAAAUGUGUCCUCCAGGAAAACUGAGGUUUUACACCCAACAAAGGAAAACUCGUCAGACAGGAAGUGCCCCCUUCAUCACACUUUCCACUCCUUGAAUAAGUGUAAAGGAUUCAGACUGAAAUCUCUGGAUGAAAGAAAGAAGUUUUUGAAAGAGAACAAUAUAUGUUUUCGUUGUUGUGACUCUAACUCUCACAAGAUGCGUGAAUGUAGAGCAACUGUGAAGUGUGAAGAUUGUGACAGUUUGACCCAUCCUACAGCACUUCAUGUGAAGAUUCAAAAUAGGAGGCACUAUGGCGGGGAGCAGCAGAAUUCGUCUGAGGAUGUGAGCACUGCAUGUACACAGAUUUGUAAAGGACAGUUUGGUGGCAAGUCUUGUUCAAGAACGGUGCUUGUGCGUGUAUUCCCACAAGGAAAACCUCAGCUAGCAGUCAACAUGUAUGCUGUCAUAGACGACCAAUCAAAUCGUUCGCUUGCUAGCCCCAGAUUCUUCACCUAUUUUGAUUGUGGUAGUGACGCCAUAACUUACACACUGUCAUCUUGUGGUGGUACCAUACAAACAUGUGGGAGAAAAGCAGAAGGAUUUGUAGCUGAAUCAUUAGACCAUAGUUGUACCCUGAAUCUCCCAUCUCUCAUUGAGUGUGAGCAAGUUCCUUGUGUACGCGAGGAAAUUCCUACACCAGAAGUGGCCUCACACUACAGUCAUCUGGCCGACAUAGCAAACCUUAUACCGCCAUUGGAUCCAGAUGCAGAGAUCUUGUUACUUCUAGGAAGAGAUGUGGUGAAAGCACAUCAUGUGCUCGAUCAACGUAUAGGACAAGGCAAUCAACCUUAUGGACAGAAACUGCAUUUAGGGUGGACUAUAAUAGGAGAGACCUGCCUUGGCAAGACGCAUGCACCUGCCAACAUCACAACUUACAAGACUCAUCUCUUGGGAUCCGGUAGAGUAUCCUAUCUUCCACCAUGCACAAAUGAAUUCAAGAUAAGUGAAAACCUGAACAGUGUGUCAUAUGGACUUGACACAGCAAAACCUGUUUUGUGUGAAAAUGAAAGCUUUGGUAAGAAUGUUUUCGAAAAGACGAAAGAUGAUGAGAAGCCUGGAUUAUCUGUUGAUGACAUAUCAUUUCUUGAGAUAAUGGAUAAAGAGUUCCACCAGAAUGAAAGUGGAUGCUGGACUGCUCCACUCCCAUUUAGACAACCCCGUUUGAAGCUUCCAAACAACCGAAGUCUUGCAUUGAAGAGAGCCAAAGCUUUAGAAGUUAGUCUACGGAAAGAUUCAGUAAAAAAGGAACAUUUUCUUACCUUUAUGGAUGAACUCAUUAAGAACGGACAUGCGGAGAUUGCUCCCCCUUUAACUCAUGAGGAUGAAUGCUGGUACUUACCUAUAUUUGGGAUUUACCAUCCUAAAAAGCCCAACCAGUUGAGAGCAGUCUUUGACUCUUCAGCCAAGUACGGAGGGACUUCUCUCAAUGAUGCCUUGCUUACUGGUCCUGAUCUCACCAACAGCCUGUUAGGAGUUUUGAUGAGAUUCCGCCAAGAGCCUGUUGCAGUUAUGGGUGACAUAAAGCAAAUGUUUUAUUGCUUCAAAGUUCGCCAAGAUCAUCGCAACUUUUUGAGAUUUUUCUGGUUUCGCGACAAUGAUCCAGCUCAGCCUAUGAUAGAGUAUCGUAUGACUGUACACGUGUUCGGCAACCGACCGUCGCCAGCGGUUGCCACAUAUGGGCUUCGUAGGGCAGCACUCAUGGCAGAACCAGAUUUUGGUACAGAUGUGACAGACUUUGUGUUGAACAAUUUCUACGUAGAUGAUGGACUUGCUUCCUUACCCACAUCAAAGGAAGCUAUAGAUCUCAUGAAGAAGACGCAGGCAGCUUUGGCGAAAGGUGGCUUACACUUUCACAAGAUCGCUUCGAACCAGAAGGAAGUCCUAAGCGUCUUCCCACAAGAAGAUCUGGCAAAAGACAUGAAAGACCUAAAAUUUGGAAUUGAUCUGCUUCCAAAUCAGCGCAGUUUGGGCCUUAACUGGAACUUGGAAACUGACACCUUCUUCUUUGAGGUUAUGACCAAAGACAAACCAUUCACCAGACGAGGCAUACUGUCAUGUAUAAACAGUAUAUUCGAUCCCCUGGGAUUCCUAGCCCCUGUGGUCAUACAAGGAAAGAACAUAUUGAGAAACUUGAUGGUUGGCACUAUAGACUGGGAUGACCCCCUGCCUGAAGAUCAACUUGAUACUUGGAGACACUGGAGGGAUUCGUUAGUUCAUUUAGAAGAUCUACAUAUAUCUCGCAACUACUGCCCCGAGUCCCUAAAACGCUGUAAAGAAAAAAGUAUACAUGUGUUUUGUGACGCCUCGGAACUUGCCAUUGCUGCAGUUGGCUACAUCAUGACAACUUCCUCAGAAGGCAAGAGUCACACUGGAUUUGUUUUAGGAAAAGCAAAACUCGCUCCAACACAUGGACAUUCUAUACCAAGGUUAGAACUCUGCGCUGCGGUGCUAGCGGUUGAAGUUGGAUGCUCAAUUGCAGAUCAUUUGUCUCUACAGAUCACAGACUUUAAGUUUUAUUCUGACAGCAAGGUUGUGUUAGGUUACAUUUUCAACACAACACGACGAUUUUACACUUAUGUAACAAAUCGUAUCUCCUACAUAAGGAAAAUGACCAGACCUGAGCAAUGGACUUUCGUACCGACAGAACAGAACCCAGCAGAUCAAGCUACACGACCACUACCAGCUCAACAUUUGAAAGACAGCACAUGGUUGAAUGGUCCAACUCACCUGUCUCAACACAGAGAAAGUAAGCAGCAGGACUUUGAGAUAGUGAAUCCAGAUGGUGAUAGAGAAGUAAGACCAGAAGUUACUUGUAAGAAAACCAACACAUUGCUUCCAUUGCUCGGAUCUCACAGAUUCUCGAAGUUUUCUACAUGGAAAAUUCUUGUGCGUACAUUUGCAUUUCUGCAACAUGUAACAAGAUCAUUUGCGAAACAGAGUGGAUGUAGUGGUUGGCAUUACUGCACCAAAUCACAGACUGUUGAAGCAUUUCAAGAAGCAGAGAGACUCAUUAUCAGGACUGUUCAACAAGAAGUUUUUACAGAAGAAAUUGAUCGUCUCAAACAAAACAGAGCAUUACCUGAUUCAAGCUCUUUGCAGUCCUUGGAUGUUUUCCUUGACCCGGAUGGCAUUCUCAGAGUUGGAGGCCGCCUUAACAGAAGUAACAUGCCAAGAUCAGAGAUCAACCCUAUCUUGGUCCCAGGAAAGCAUCACAUAGCUACUCUUCUUGUCAGACAUUUCCAUGACAUGGCCCAACAUCAAGGCAGGCACAUUACUUCAGGAACCAUAAGAACUGCUGGAUUUUGGAUUACUGGUAGCAAACGCUUGGUAGCAUCCAUAAUCUACAAUUGCGUAAAAUGUAGAAAACUGCGUGGAAAGUUCGCAUGUCAGAAGAUGGCGGAUUUGCCCCCAGACCGUCUAGAGCCAGGUCCGCCGUUUACCUAUGUCGGUAUAGAUACUUUCGGCCCCUGGGAAGUUGUUACCAGGAAGACCAGAGGUGGCGCUGCUAACUCGAAGCGAUGGGCUAUUCUCUUCACAUGUCUGGUUAGUAGAGGUGUGCAUAUUGAGGUUGUUGAAGAAAUGUCAUCGUCGUCAUUCAUAAACGCCUUCAAACGCUUUGUCGCUAUAAGAGGAAAAGUGAAACAGAUACGCUCAGACAGAGGAACAAACUUUGUUGGGGCCACAGAUGACCUUCAGAUCAAUGCAGUGAAUGUUGAAGAUGGACCCUUGAAGGAAUACCUAUACAAUAGUGGAGUUGUAUGGCUCUUCAACCCACCACACUCAUCUCAUUUUGGUGGCGUAUGGGAACGCCUUAUCGGCGUGACGAGGCGUGUCCUUGAUUCCAUGUUUUUAAACAUACCUCCAGGGAGUUUGACACAUGAAGUACUGACCACCUUUCUUGCGGAGGCAUCAGCCAUAGUAAAUAGCCGACCAUUGGUACCGGUGUCCACAGAUCCUGAUGACCCUCUUCCUUUGAGUCCUUCAUUAAUCCUCACUCACAAACCAGACAGUUCUGUUGAUUGUACACCUACUGACGGAAAGGAUCUCCUUCGAUCACAAUGGAGAAGAGUACAACAAUUAGCAGACACCUUUUGGAAGAGAUGGAGAUCCCAGUACCUUCAAACGUUGCAAAACUACAGGAAGUGGAAGCAUGAAAAACGCAACUUGGCAGUGGGAGAUGUAGUCUUGCUGAAGGACAAUUCUGUGAUUCGUAACUCGUGGCCGAUGGGUAGAGUCAUCAAAGUAUUUCCCAGCGUUGACGGAAAGGUACGGAAGGCAGAAGUUCGUGUCGUGUAUCAUGGAGAACAGUUUGCCGUAUAUGUGCGACCUGUAACUGAACUAGUUGUUUUGAUUCAAGAUGUGUGAACUGUCAUAUCAAAGUUUUGUUUGAACUGAAGUAUGAACUUCGAAUAUUGUUCGCAUGAUUUAGUAUAUUUUUCUAGUCACUGAUAGUGUAUUUUUUCUAGUCAUUUUAUGAUUUAUAUAGUGAUGUUUUUGUAACAUCAGACGGGGAGUGUACUGACUAGUGUUUAUGUCCUAGAUAUAGAGUUAUCGUUCUUUGUAAAUUGUCAAAAUUUCCGUUAGAGUUAUCUUUCUUGUAUGUUUCCGCUGCAGCCAUUGUGAAAAACGUGUUUUCAUCAGUCUUCUUUUCUUGAGGCAUAUUGUGGCCUACUACAGUGUAAGUCUUUAUUUGUUUGUCUUAUGCAUUUAUGUUUAGGUGAAAAAAUGAUAUGUAUUAUAUUUUCGUGUUUAUACUGUGAAUCAUUUUUGCAUAUUUUUUGGAAAUUUAGCUACAGCAUCUCGGCCAUGCAUGUAAACACGUGGUUUCUGAACCAAACUUUUCCAACUUUUUAUCAUAAGUGCAUUUAUUUGAGAAUUCGUUUAAACUAUAUUGAUAGCUUAAGUAGGGAAUUUAUUGACUGUAAAUCAUAUAAUUUGAGUAAGAAUAUUUGCAAAAUUUUAUUGUAUUCAACCCCUAUUUGAUCUGAAAAAGUAUGGAACACAGUUAAUGUCAUAAGUCAAAUUGAGUUUAUUUUGUAUUUGAUGUAUGUAACUUCUGAACAUUUUCUUGUAAUAUUAUUUUGUACUUUUUCAGCUUUUUACCACAUUUUCAAUAAAUGGUUAUACUGCUGUCUCUGGGACAGUACAAU